AUGAAGAAUGUGCUUUACAAAGCGAAGAUUGUGGUGAUGGAAGUGCAAGAAAUCGAGCAAGAUAUCCUAGCGAGUGUCGAAGUACUACACCAAACCCGAAACGAAUUGCUUCGCAUGCGCGAAGAUGAUGUUGCUAUGGAGGGAAUUAUAUCAGCAGCAACUGAGAAAUGUGAGUCCUAUGGAAUCAAUGUGGAGUACGAAUUUUCAAAACGACACCGACCACGGAGACACCUGCCCGUUUCGACGAAAAUUUUGCCAAUGCUACUGUGCCUAGCUUUAGCCAACACUAUCGGAAAGAAAUGUUUAAGGUAUUAGAUCGUCUUGUAUCGGACAUAAACGAAAUUGAUGAAUAUUUAUCUGAUAUUGUGCUACCCAUAAUUAUUUUGCUUCCAGCAAAUUUACCCAAUUGUUCCAAGAAGUGGGAAAUUUAUGCGCAGCAUUUCCACAGGACUUCAAAGAUCCAGACGCUAUGUGUGCAGAGAUUAAGCUAAUAUCUUCUGAUAUCGAGAAAAGUGGUGCCAAAAAUCUGAAGGAAGCAGUGAAGUGUGUACUUGGAAAACAACAGUUUUAUCCCAACCCGACGAAAGCGUACCAGCUUGCAUUACCAAUUCCAGUUUCUGUCGCAAGUAAUGGGCGUUCAUUUAGUAAACUAAAACUUGUUAAAAGCUAUUUGCGAUCAACGAUGAAAGAAAACCGUCUUGACGACUUGAUGAUUUUAUCUUCAUCUGUAGAUAUAUUAGACGAACUUGAGUUGGAUAAAGUAGCUAACUCGUGGUCUUUGUAUAAAUCAAGAAUGAUAAAAAUCUAG